AGCAAUUGGAAGGAAAUCAGAGAGAAAGAUGGAUCCUCCUCAUUCGCACACACAGUUACUGAAUAGCUGGCGUGGUGCCAAAUUUAUUUGGCGUGCUGUUCUCAUCUUCAAUCUCGGCCUCGGUGCUUGCCUCUUUACAAGACCUGCUAAGAAGGAAAAAAAAGCUAUCACUAGACAACCCAUUACUCCAGCUGAGAUUACUACUCCCACUCCACCCGCUCCUCAAAAUUUUGAACCCAUCUUUUCUCCUAUUCCAGAACCUGUGAAGGUGCCAGAGCCCCUUUCUGUAAAGCAGCAACGCAGUGUUUUUGGAUGGAUGCUAAAAGAGAAAGAGGAUGGUCAAACCUCAAAACCGAGAGGAGAAGAAGAUUAUCAAUGAAGAAAAUGCUCUACUGAAGCAGUUCAUACGAGCAGAUUACACCCUUGAAGAUCUGAUGUAACGUAAAUGUUUCUUGAUUCAAAAUUUUCUUAAGCUGCUUACCAUCA